AUUGAUAUUAUUUAUAAAAUAUAUACUUGUAUAUAGUGUAUUACGUAAUACUUUAUAUUCAUUGAUGGCAACAUCCUUUGUUUUGCUUGGUUAAAUUCUAUGUGAGAAUUGAAAUAAUUGAGUGUGACAGUUUAUGUUUGACAUCGUAUAAAUCUUUUCAAUAAUAAUAAAAAUAAUUUCUAAUAAAUUAGUUAUCGUUACAUACAGAAGUUUUAUGUAAUAAAAGUGCAUAGAAUAUGUAUAUUGUUGUUUAAAUGGUAUCUUAAUACCAUCAAUCUUAUUGAAUUUAAUUAUGGACAUCAAUAUGGAAGAAUGUACUAAUUCCACUCCUAUAAAAAAUAGCAAAGAGAGAAAUAAAAAGAACACAUUAAAUGGUUAUGUAUCAGAAGAUACAAAUUCUAAUUGUACGUCUGAUUCGAUUGAACUAUUUUCAGAUGACGGAAAUGAAAAUGAUGUAAUAUAUUACACACCUAAUGCAUCCAAAUCUACAGAGACUUCAUUUUUAAAUAUAUCUGAAACGUCUUUAUUACAUUCCAAUAAACAAAUCCUAACACCAAUAGAGAAGACUGCAGUUAUUCCCAGUACACCGUUAAGUUUGAUACCAUUUAUAACAAAAAUUAAUGAACAGUGGACAUCUGAUUUAGAGACACCUCAAGCGGAUAAAAGUGAUUGGAAACAGACGCAUGUAGAUAACUGUCCAACAUCGGAGAGUGUUGAAAAAUCUGUUUGCUCCAAACAAUGUACUCCGAAUAUCUCAAAUUUUAAAAAUGUAUUCAAAGAAUCUACUUCUACAUCUCCUGUGAUAAAUUAUACGAGAAUGAGACGACGAACGAAAAGAAGAAUUUUUAAGACUCUUUCUGUUGCUGUAGACCCUACAAUCGAUCCAGUUAACAAUGAGAAUGUGAUUGAAUUAGAUAAUCAAGAUAACUCUAAUAAAAAUGAUAUCGUAGCUAUGGAUUUAUGGGAUAAUACAGAAAAAGAAAGUAUUUCUCCAGAGGCUAUCAACAUGCAGGAUUUUUUUUUUAAUGCUUCGUUUGCUAACAUAGAUCAAAUUUGUGCCAACUUUGCUGAGAAGAAUGAUAUAUGCAAUAUCGAAAAUAGUAAUGAAAUGAGAUGUGUAGAAGAAAUAUCUAUCAAGGAUAAUACUACGGUACAAAAGAAAAAUAUUAAUCCAGAUAAAAAUGAAUGCAGUGAAAAGAAAACAUUACAUAGCGAUAUUAAAGUAACAUCGAGCGUAUCAAUGGCUAAUACAGGAUUUUCUACUGCGAGUGGAAAACAUAUUCAUGUAUCAGACUCUGCUAUAUCGAAUGCAAAAUCUUUGCUUGAAACAGACGAUAUUGUAUCUUCCACGAGCUUUCAAUUAGACAAUAAAAGUAAUGUACAUAGUGAUCUUAAAGUAAAAAAACAAUCAUCUUCGUCCUUUGUAACAGCAGGAGGUCGAUCUUUGAAUAUUUCUGAUAAAGCUUUAUCUAAAGCAAAAAAAAUGCUCAUUGAGCAGUUAGAAGACGUACAAAUUGAUAAGAACCUUACGAAUCAACUUAAUGAUCCUAUUGAAACGGUAGAAGUUCCAAAAAAUAUUAACACAAAUUUAAAGGAGUCUCCCGCGGAGAAAACUGUAUUUUCAAACAUUGGAUUUACAACAGCAGCAGGUCGUAAAGUUGCUGUUUCAAAGGAAGCACUGAACAAAGCUGAAAUUUUGCUUUCUGAUGAUAUAAAUAAUACUGGUCAAUAUAAUAAUUUGCUUGAUAAAUCAAUAAAUAAACGAAAGAGUUUAGAUCUAUGCGAUGGUACCUUAGAUAAAUUAUCAUCUGGUACAAAGAAAGUAAAACUCUCUGACAAAGAUAUUACUGUUGAAAAAAAAGAUCAAAAUUUAUAUGAAAAUAUAGAAUGUAUUCAAACAAAUAAUAUUUUUUCAAAUGAAAUAAUGGCUAGUACAGCUGCCCUUCUAGCGGAUGAAAAGGAAAAUGAUCAAAUCAUGGAAUGGAAUUCUCAAGUAGAAAAUUGUGAAAAUGAAACACCGCCUAGUCCUAUUAUUGAAAGACAAGUACGAAGAAGGCAUAAAAAAAGAAAUUCACGACAUAGCGAAAAACAGGAAGUUAUACUUUCGGUUAAAAGCGAUAUAAACGUUAAUAUAAACGAAGGAAGUAUUAAACCCGACGACACUUGUACAAAGGAACUUGUAUCAAUGCAAGAAAAAGAUUUAAAACUUGACAUUGAUCAAUCGAAUGACAACGUUAUAGAUACUUUGCAGAAACGUCUUGAAGCUAUUUCGAAACAAGAAAAAAUAAUUAAAGAAAAGAAGCUUGAUAGGCCUAAAGCUAUUAAAGGGAAAUUGUUGUCAUAUAAAGAAGAAAAUCGUAAUGCACGUUUAUCUUGGAAAAAACUUGUGGGUGAUGACGUACCAAGGCUAUGCACUCACGAAGAGCUUAUCAAUCGAGGUAUAUUGCCAGAAAUAUUAACAAUCACAUCUACCACAGCUCCGUCAUUUAAAUUCCGAUGCAUUGAUUUCUAUGGAGAAAAAAUUAUUCACAGAAAUUCAGGUAGUUUGAAGAUGGAAGAUGGUGGCUAUCUUAUACCAGAUAAAGAUGAUUAUUUAGGAAUCUCAGAAAUUAAACGAUCCUUUCUUGCAAGUCCAGGAGUUGAUCCAAGUCUUCUUCCCAGAGAUUGGAUUGAAAAUCAUUAUAAAUGGAUUAUUUGGAAACUUGCAUCUAUGGAUAGAAUUAAAUUUAAUUCUAUUAGUUUACCAAGAUCGUUGACACCGGCUAACGUUAUGGAACAACUUAAAUAUCGUUAUGAUCGUGAAAUUGAUAGAUUGCAAAGGCCGUGUUUAAGACGGAUUUUAGAAAAAGAUGAUAGCGCAUCCAAAAGAAUGGUUCUAUGCGUAUCGUAUCUUAACGAGUCUAAAGACGAGGAAAAUAUAAAAACAACUCCAAAAGUAUCAAAUAUAAAUCAUUGGAAAAUGAUUCUAACAGAUGGGUGGUAUAGUAUCCCUGCUUCUAUUGAUAUUACCAUGAUGAAUUACAUAAUGUCUGGAAAAAUACGCGAAGGUACUAAAUUAAUGACAUUUGGAGCAGAGUUGUUGAACCUUGAUCAGGGAUGUCCUCCUUUAGAGAUUCCUCACGAUGUAUCUUUAAAAAUUCAUACCAAUUCAACCAGAAGAAUUAAAUGGGACACUAAAUUGGGAUAUGCGCGUUGUCCUGGACCUAUGCUUAUUAAAUUAAAAAAUGUUUGUCCGAAUGGUGGUUUAAUUGGCAAACUUAAAGUUGUGAUUACUAGAACAUAUCCAAUGUUAUAUCACGAAAAAAAUGCUUCCGGAGAAUCUAUUUUUCGAAACAGUCGAAGCGAAGAGAAAGCUAAUCUCGCUUACGAAGAGCAGUGUAGAUCAAAAGUAGAAGCAUUUUAUGCAGAAGCUGAACAAAAGUUUGACUCUGCAAGAAGUAAUACUUUCGAAUCCGAUGGUAUCGAUUUAAAAGGACGUAAAACAAAUGUAUUAGAUCGUGAUCGUGUAGUAGAGGAGUUCAAACAAGAAUUACAAUCAAAGUUACGUGAAAGUAUGCCACCACGUCGACAAGUUUCAUCGGUUCUUAAAGUUCGCGUGAACGAAGAAGACACUAGUGCAGUAUUAACGAUUUGGAGUCCCAGUGAAGAUAUCAUCGAUAUUUUUAAAGAAGGAACUUGUAUAUCGAUUCAUAAUAUAUUUGCUUCUGGCAAACGAGCCGGCGACCUUCAGCUUACGGCAUCUCGAAACACAAUGUUCAAUAAAGAAGGAAUAUGUAAAAAUUUUCUUCAAUCUCGUACAUAUACUCCGUUGCAGAGUAUAACCGAUUCUUCGUUUAAUCCACUUUAUGGAGAAUUCGAUACAGUAGGAAUCGUUUCGUCAAUCGUUGAUUCCCCUUACGGUAUGAAAAAUUUUGAUGCCGUCAAUAUAGCAUGUCCACGCGAGAAUCCAAAAGAUGACGCAUCAAGAUCUUCUUAUUUAUCUAUUUUGUUUUGGCAAGGUAUAUCUACGUUUGGGUAUACAGAAAUCCUUACUAUUGGUUCUCUUAUCUCCUGUAGCAAUUUAGAAUGGAGACGUGCUACCUCUUGGAAUAUACCAAUUGCAUAUUGUACAGAUAGAAGUGUAUUUACGCGUAAUCCUCGGCAUAAACAUCUUUGUCAAGCUUUUGAAAAUAUAAAGAAUUUAAUCAAGAUACCCUAUGCGAGCUAUGCCCACAAAUGUGCAGAAGAUAUCUCAUUGGAGAUACAAAAAAAAAGAUCUUCACGAACAUCCUUGUAUAUUACUCCUGAUAAAAAUACUCUUGAUAAAAAUACCCCUGAUAAAAAAACAUUGAACACAAACACACCCAAAUUAAUAGGUUCCAAUCCUCGUUCAGAGACACGUUCUUCUUCAUCGAUUAGAUCGGUAGCUAUACACAGGCGUUUAGAAAAACUUCAUUAUUACAGUAAUCCACCAGAACUUUCUCCGAUCUUUCUUAAAAAUAGUUCGAGCAGAGUGUCUCUUGAUUUUCGUUCACCCAUUCGUAACAACAAUUUAAAACCAACGGGACUUAAUCUUGAUCCUAAGUGAUAUUGAGUUUGAACUGUUUUUUUUUUGUUUUUUUGUCGUUUUCUUUGUUUUUGUUUUUAUUAUUUUCUUUUUUUUUUUUUUUAAAUAUAUCGUUACCGUGCCAUUUGUUUAAUGGUUAUAUAUUUAAUGAUGUAAUUAUGUGUGAAUUAAUAUCUAAAUAAUAUCAAUAUAGAAGAGAGAAAUAAUUUAUAUUUUUUUAUAUAUGUUAUGUGAUUCAAUAUCAAUAUAUGUAAAAUAUAAAUCGUUGAUAAUCGAUAAGAAAAGUUAUUUUUAGAUGAAAUAGUUUGAGGGAUUACUCAGAAGAAAAUAUAUAUAUAUAUAUACGAUUCGAAAGUUCAGUCCAUUCCAAAAAGUAACUUCUUUUUAUCUAUAAAGAACAAAACCUUUGAAAUACGUGAAAAACAAGUUAGGGAUCUAAAGUAAGUAACAUUUAUUGUCGUAAAAAUAAAAUUAAGUUUUUGUAACAAAA